CCAUAGUGUAGGAUUGUAAGAUUAACAGAAUGAGACCUAGGGAAAAAAACUGAGACAUCAGAGAGGCAUUAUAACAACUGAAAGGUUUUCUAGGUUGGCAAAUUUUGUGGUAUUAUUUGUGUAGAAAAAAUAAUAAUAAAAGAUGCCCCUUGUCCCUAUGGACAUUAGGGGAGAAAAGCGUUUUAACAUUGCACUUGAGAUUAGCAAUUUCAAAACAGCCUUGAAUGGGUUUGAAAAACUGGUUGAACAAACAGCAGCUCAGAAAAGGGAUGAAAGAACAGGCUUGUUUAUCCCCAAAGAAGAUGCAAUUGAUUAUGACAAAUUUUAUGCAUCAGUACAGGAACUCUUUGGUCCAGAAGUGAAGAAUCAAGAUGUGAAAAGCUUUUACAGAAAACUCUGCAGCAACCCUGAGGCAUCUAUAGACUGGUGUGAGAUCUUUGGAUACUUCUCCUCUGAAGAUGAUCCUCUUACUUCCCAGAUGGAUGAAGAAAACUUGAUUUUCCUUGUGUCUAGAAAACAACGAAUUGUAAUUUCAGGUAGUAGAAGACGGGAUGUGAUUAAAUGUAUUGUCAAGAUUCCUCAACUGGAUUUACUAAUUGCAGCAUCUCAAAAAGGAAUAAUAACAGUUUUUAAUAGCCAGAUGAGAGUUCAGACCAGCACCAAUGUCACAGAUACCUCCUGGAUCACAGGAUGUGAUUACCUCUCACAGCUGAAACGAAUUGUAGCCACUACAGAAAGGACCAUUAUUGUCUGGGAUUACAAAGCCCAAGGGAGCAGCCAGGAAAACUACUUCAUCAUAAAGCCCAUGGACCACUGCCUCCUGUGUGUGUGUGUGGUGUCCCUGCCUGACCAGCUCUGCAGAGAUGACAUCCUCCUGGGGGAUGAUGGUGGUUUUAUAAACAGAUUCACAGUGACCAGUGAAGACUUUGGAUUAAAGCAGGCAAAAACCAAAAAGAAAUCACAAAAUCAGGUUUUAGACUCAAAGAACUUUAGAAGUGUUAAAAGGAAGCUACAUAAUGACUGGGUUAUGAAAAUUAGAUACAUUCCAUUCCUAAAUUGCUUUGGAUCCUGUUCCUUGGAUAGUGUUCAUUCGUUAGUUUUGGAAUCUUUGAAGAGACUCGAGGAUAAUUU